UUUUUCCCCAAAUUUAAAGUUUUAAACUUUUCAAAAAGUCAAUUGAUAUCUCAUAUCUACCGACUCUUUAAAGUCUAUAUUCAAUCUCUCCGUGUUGCGUUUAAUACGCGGCUUAUAGAUUAUAUAGAUCUUUUUUUUUCCUAUAAAUAGAUUAUCAAGUUUUUGGAGUUGUUGUAAUAUUCAGAACAUAUCUAUUUCUUCAUUGUUCAUAUAGGGUACUGAGUUUCUUGGUGUUUAGUGAAAAGGAUAUCUCGGAGAAAUUGAAGACGCAUUGACACGCGGACAAUUUUGGAUAGGAAGCGGAAACAACUGUUAUUGCCCGGGAAAGAAGAAGAAAAGAUGGAAAAGGAAGAACAACAUCUCAAAGUCGAGAAAGAGAUAGAAAAGUCUGAUGAUAUGAAGGAGCAAAAGAAAGACAAGAAGGAUAAAGAAAAGAACAAGGAGAGUGAGGAGGAGUCGGAGGAUGAAACAAAAAAUGUAAUAGACAAGAAGGAGAAAAAAGAGAAAAAGGAUAAAGAAAAGAAGGACAAGAGCAAAGAGAAGUCGGAGGAAGAAACCGAGGAAGAGAAGGAUGAUCAAGAAGGGGAGAAGAAGGAUAAAGAGAAGAAACUUAAGAAGGUUAAGAAAGAGAAAAAGGAAAAAGUGAAGAGCGAGGAGUUGGAGGAAGAAAAGGAUGAUGAAAAGGUGGAGAAGAAACUCAAAAUAGUUAAGAUUGAGAAAAAGGAAAAGGAGAAGAAAGACAAGAGCAAGGAGGAAUCGGAGGGAGAAGAAGAGGUGGAGAAGAAACUCAAGAUAGUUAAGAUUGAGAAAAAUGAAAAAGAGAAGAAAGACAAGAGCAAGGAGGAGUCGGAGGAAGAAACGAAUGACGAAAAAGGGGAGAAGAAAGAGAAAAAGAACAAAGGAGAGAAAGACAAGAUCAAAGAGGAGUCAGAAGAAGAGAAGGAUAUUGAGAAAGGGAAGAAGGAUAAAGAGAAGAAAGACAAGAAAAAAGGGGCAUCAGACGAAGAGAACGAGCGCGAAGAAGAGAAUGAUGAAAAAGGUGUGAAGAAGGAUAAGGAUAAGAAACCCAAUAAGGAAAAGAAAGAGAAAAAGGAUAAAGGAAAGAAAGAUAAGAGCAAAGAGGAGUCGGAGGAAGAAGAGAAGGAUGAUGUAAAAGGGAAGAAGAAGGAUAAAGAGAAGAAAGACAAGAACAAAGAGUUGUCGGAAGAAGAAGAUAAUGAAGAGAAGGAUGAUAAAGUAGGCAAGAAGAAGGAUAAAGAAAAGAAAGUCAAGGCGAAUGCCGCUGAAGUCGCCACAAGAGAGCUAGAAGUUGAGGAAGACAAGAAAGUAUCCGACGAUGAAUCAGAAGAGAAAAGUAAAAGCAAGAAGAAGGGGAAGGAAAGUAAGGAUGAAAAACAAAAGGAUUCAAAAAAGGAUAAAGCUGAGAAGAAGAGAAAACUCGAGGACAAGUAUAAAAGCAAAGAUCUGAGUAAGUUGAAAUCCAAGUUGGAUAAGAUCAAUGCCAAACUGGAAGCUCUUCAGCUGAAAAAAGCAGACAUCCUGAAGACAAUAAAAGAAACAGAAGAUAAGAACUUAGCAGUGGUUGAGAGUCCCAAAGAUGCUGAAUCGAAGGCACACGACUAGUAGUCGCUGAAAGUGAGUAGUAUAUUUUCACAAUACUGUUAUGUAUACUAAUACAGUGUUUGUGUAUCCUUUCUCUUCCACUGUCAUGUAGAAUUGUACUCCUGUCUUAAAUAAGUUAAAAAAUAUAGAUUAUAUCUGUAUCAAGUUCUAUAUUUUGACAUUUUGCAAUUCAUCUUAGCAAAUUUUCACUUCCUCUUCCUGUCUUGCUCUACCUUUACAAGGCAAGGUUGCACACACCACCCUUUAUAUGUUUUACUUGUAAGAUUAUAUUGAAUAUGUUGUUGUUUU